GGGGUGGGUGUCGGGGUCCAUGGGUUGGGGGGCACAGCACUGACUGACCCGUGUUUCCCUGCAGGGCUGGUGGGUUCUACACGGCACAGGUCUGGCCUGGGCUGCGCCUCGUCUCCCUCAACAUGAACUUCUGCUCCCAGGCCAACUUCUGGCUCCUCAUCAACGCCACUGACCCCGCAGGGCAGCUCCAGUGGCUCAUGGGGGUCCUGGCCGAUGCUGAGCGUGAUGGGGAGAAGGUGCAUAUCAUCGGGCACAUCCCCCCAGCCCACUGCCUGCGCAGCUGGAGUUGGAACUACUAUCGCAUCGUCAGCAGGUUCGAGGGCACCAUCGCGGCACAGUUCUUCGGGCACACGCACCUGGACGAGUUUGAGCUGUUCUACGAUGAGGAGACGCUGUCACGCCCCGUCUCCAUCGCCUUUGUGGCACCGAGCGUCACCACCUACAUCAACCUCAAUCCCGGGUACCGUGUGUACGAGGUGGCCGCUUCCUACCCCGGGAGCUCCCACGCGGUGCUGGACCACGAGACCUUCAUCCUGAACCUGACGGAGGCCAACGCGGCCCCCCCGGGGACGCCCCCGCGCUGGCAGCGGCUCUACAGGGCGCGCGAGGCCUACGGGCUGCCCACGGCCUUCCCGGCCGACUGGGACCUGCUGGUGCGGCGGCUGCAGGACGACGAGCGACUCUUCCAGCGCUUCUGGUUCCAUCUGCACAAGGGGCACCCACCCCGCGAGCCCUGCGGGGGCCCCUGCAAGGCUGCCCUGCUCUGCGCCCUGCGCUCCGGCCGUGCCGCCGACCCUGCGCUCUGCCGGCCCCUGCGCCCGGCUCUGCCCUUCCCACGCAUCCAGGAGCUCUGGCGACAGCGGCAGCUCUGCUGACGUGGUAACCCUGGGAGCGG